UCUUCCCACUUUCAUACCCACCAGCAGCCGAAUUUGGGAACCGUCAGCUCACGCCUGAUCAGAAACUCACGAAGUCACACGUCACCAGAUUCAUCACCAUGUCCACCAACGGCGAAAGCCCAGCACCCGAAGCCGCCGGCGACUCAAGAGAUCCUAGCGGAUUUCUCAGCGAGAUCAUCGGAGCUCCCGUCACUGUCAAGCUGAACUCUGGCAUCAUCUACAAAGGUGAUCUCCAGUCAGUAGAUGGCUACAUGAAUAUCGCAUUGGAACGAUGCAAAGAGGUCUCCGAGGGACGCGUCACCCGGAAUUGGGGGGAUGCUUUCGUCCGUGGUAACAACGUUACAUACAUCUGCGCAGACAAUGCAUGAAGAACUAUGAAUUUGCAGUUCUUUUUGGAGGAGCAUCGCGGUAACAGGCCCCAUGUGAUGAUUGAUGAACCAUGCUAUCCACAUAACUAAGCGUCAAUGAGAGUUUGAACGACCAUUAUAAAAUAUGCACUCGACGCCUCCACAAACGAUGCAGGAUCAAGACUACUUGUCUGGCGGCGCAGCUGGUAAUAGUCGUGAGGGCCGAUCCUUUGUAAGAACUCACCUUCACUGAGCUGUACCCCAAUCUAGCCGUCGGUGACGACUCUAAACCUGUCUCUCGCACUCAACAAAAGCCACAUUCCACUUUCCCCUUCACCAUGUC